AUGAGGUUAGUCGACCCUAAUGAGGGUUUACUUGUAAAAGCCUUUGUGAAGGGGCUCCGAGCCAGUUCCUUCGAUGAAUCCCUGUACCGGUUUCUGCCAAAGACCUUAAUGGAGAUUAGGCAAAGGGCAGCUAUGGAGAUAGAGACCGAAGAGGCCAUGCGUCAUAAAAAAGUAGGGGACAAGAGAACGCUGGCUCAUACCAAGAGUGAACGAGAUAUCAAAACUUAUCGAAGAGAAAGGACUCCACUGCGAGCUAGACCGAAUCGUCGUUUCGUUCCUUACAUAUCACAACAAAGGACCGAGUAUCGACGAAUUCAGAAAAUCCCAAGCUUCAGGGUGGCUCUAACUGAAAUAUUGGAAGAUGCGGAAAUAUCUAAACAUUUGCGCUAUCCCAAUAUCACAGGGAGAACACUCAGAAGUAGACCGGAUGCUUGGUGUAAGUUUCAUCAGGCCGGAAGUCAUGACACAAAUUCGUGUUAUGCCUUAAAUAAUCAACUUUCUACGUUGGCAGACAGGGGACUCAUGAGGAAAUUUAUGAAAUCUGAUACAGAUGCGGAACCAUCCGAAACUUGUCCAGCCCCCGACUUGCACGAGACACCUGUGCUAGGGGAUUUCAAUACGAUAGCAGGAGGUUUCGCGGAAGGAGGACAAACCAGCUCGGCUAGGAAAAGAUAUGUAAGAAGUGUCAUGACUACAGCCAAAAUCGAAAGGCCAAAGAAAGUUCUGGCUAUAGUCUUUUCGAGUGAAGAUUUAAAGGGAGUAGUUCCGCAUGAAGAUGAUCCCAUCGUCUUGUCUGUUAUCAUGAUGGGAAGGAAUGUUCAUAGAGUGCUAGUUGAUCAGGGGAGUUCUGCCGAUAUGAUGUUCUGA